AUGAUCAGUCAGAGACAUUUGUAGAACCAGCUGCUGAAAAGGAACCAGCAUGUCACAAAAUACAAGAAAAGGAAGCCUGGGAGAAGGUGAAAAACGACAUCAGGACGUCCUUCAAUGAAUCCAUCUGCCCAGAGGAGGGUCUCUGUAUCAUCUGUGAGGAAAAGCCAGACCCACUUGUUACCUGCAGAGACUGUUCACGGACAGGCCAGGUGUUCUGCAGAGAUUGUGCCAUCCAAAUGCACAAACAGCACUGUUUGUUGCAUACUCUAGUGGAAUGGCGGAAUGAAGAGCAAGUUGCGUGCUGUUACCAGUGUACCUUUUCCAGGGUAAACCAUGACUGUUCUACAAAGUAUACACGGACUAUUAAAGUGUUUAAUGAUAAGGGCCAACUUCACCCAACUGUGUUUGUCAGAUUCUGUGAAUGUGAACCUUCAGCAGCUACAUUGAUAAGAUACGGUCUGUGGCCAUGCUCAGCACAGAAGCCUUAUACUGCCAUCUCUUUAACUUUCAUGGACAUGGUGUAUUGCAUGAUGAUGGAAGGGAAAGUGGCUUUGAAAACUGUAUGCCACGCUGUCGGUAAUCACAACUGUUUGUCACAAAAUGAGGUACGUUUGCUCUACCGCAGAAUUGUAGGAGAGUGCUUGGAGCAGUAUCGCCAUUUCCGACUUGAUUCAAAAUCUCGCAGACGAUGACAAUGUGUGUUUGGUCAAUGGAUGAAACAUUUACAUGUACCAAUAACAACUUUAAAGAAUAUUUUUGAUAUGUGCUGAGGAUGAGUAUGUAGGAUGACAUACUGAAUAUUUGAAAGUGCCCUGGAGAAGGAAAAACUCAAAAUGAGUUGAUCUCAUUUUUCAAACAUUCAUAACUUUAUAUCUUUGUGUCCAAUUUCUUUCAAUCCUUACCAUCCGGUUUCUUUUUUUCUUCCUCCUUUAAAAGAAAUGGGCUUAUAACAAAUUUAUUCCCCUAUUAUUAAUUCUACAAAGAAAAGGGGCAUAUAUACAUAAAUAUAUAUACAUUCACACUUUCAAGUAAUCCCGGAAUGUCUUGCAACACACUGUACCAUAAUUUUCCCCUUUGUUAUAGCAUCUUUUGGAACAAGGUUGCAGAACAUUUAAGGGUCGCAUUUUGAACUGCACAAAUCAGCAUUUUGUCUUUAUCUAGUUGCUCUGUUCCUACAUCUUCAAACUCCCUUCGUUGAAAUAAGACAAGUUCUCUUUGAAAAAAAGGAAUAUAGUGUAUUAAGUUUUAUAUUCAGGCAUAUACAUGUAUUUAUCAUUUAUAGUAUUGAUUAUGGUAUGUUAUGAAAAGGAGAUUUAUAUUUUUUGUGUAUGCAUGAUAGAUAACAUAUAUGCCUUUGUGUGAAAUAAAAUUGUGAUUAAUUUUAUUGAAAGAUUUACAUGUAUGUUAUUACUGUUGGGAUAUAUUUCUAUUUCAACUAAAUUGGAAGGAGGUUCAGUUCUAUUGCGUAUUGUUUGAGUGCGUGGAGAUAAAGUUGACAAUAAUUAUGUGGGCUUUUGAAAAAGCAGAGGGGAAAAACAUAAUUAUAUAUUAAUGCUUUCAAGAUGAAGACACAUAUGGAGAGAUCAAAUUUGAAUUAAUAAACAUGUAUGUACAUGUGCGUUCAUAUGGAAAAGGUUGAACUCGAUCGACCAGCCUGUCAAAUUUGUACACUCCUAGGUAGUGGAUUUGAAAUCUAUGGAGCAUUUUUGUUUGGAUAUUAGGAAAGAAAAUCUUGACAUGUACACAGGUAUGGAGAGCAUACAGUGCUCAUGGGAGCCUUGUCCAUUUUCUAAUAUAUAUAUAUAUAUAUAUAUAUAUAUAUAUGUUCCAAUCUGUAUUCAAAGGGUGGUAUUCUCGAAAGCGAACUAACUUUAGUCCACGGUUUAAUCCUCCAACUAAGUAUGGAAUGCCAAGUGUCCAUAUGAAUAUAUUUUUGAAUAAUGUGAUAUGUCCCUAA